GCACUGCACGAAAUAAAACGCAGGCCGUCAUUUACAAGUUGUAAAUUACAACGUUCAACCACACGUGCCGUGUGCGCUCAGUGUCGUCAAGAUGGGAGGAGAAUUACUUGUGGCGUUUGUUUUAGUUAUUAUUAUUGUUACAAAACUAUCUGUGUUAAUAAGUAAAACAUCGUGCGAAUCAAAGCUUCCUAUGACAGGCAAAGUUAUCAUAGUGACAGGAGCUAAUAGCGGGUUAGGGUUCGAAACGGCCAAAGAUCUAGCAAAACGUGGAGGUCGUGUCAUCAUGGCCUGUCGGAACGAGCACCGCGCGCUCGCAGCCCGCGAUUCAAUCAUCAGAGAGACAGGUAACCCAGAAGUCGUCUACAAGCAUCUCGACAUGUCGUCCCUUGCGUCGGUGCGACGAUUCGUUGAGGACAUCAACAGCACGGAGAAGCGACUGGAUGUCCUUGUCAACAACGCAGGAGUCAACGGCUGCGGGGAUCGUUUCACGGAGGACGGCAUUGUCGAAGAAAUGCAAGUCAAUUACUUUGGAGCAUUUCUCUUAACUCUUCUCCUUCUGCCUCUACUGAAGAAAACCGGGGCGAGUCGGAUAGUAAAUGUUAGUUCGACUUUACACUUUUUUGGGAGAAUAAAUUUUGAACACAUAAAUAAGAAAGGCUAUUACUUGGACAUGUCUACAUAUAGCAACAGUAAGUUGUGCAUAAUUUUGUUUACUGUUGAGCUAGCUCGAAAGCUGAGAGGAUCCGGUAUAACAGUGAACGCCGUACACCCUGGGGUAAUUAUGACUAACAUCAGUGCUACAUCGUGUGCACUUGAACGGUUUUUGUUUUCUUCUCUUUGUUGGAUUUCUUCGAGAAAUGUUGUGGAAGGGGCGCAAACAGUUAUAUACUUAGCGGUAGCGAAGGAAGUUGCCACUACCACUGGAAAAUACUUCAUAGAUUGUAAAGAGAGAUACAUGACUAGAAAGGCUACAAAUAAGAAACUUACCGCUGAUCUGUGGAAUUACUCGGAAAAAUUAGUGGGUUAUGAAGAACCAACUAAACAUGAGUAAACUGACAUCGUUAUUGUGUCAAUAACAAUUAUAUAUAGGUUUUUAUUCGAAUUGCUGAAGGUACGAGUGUACGAGACAGAAGGGAGUGACGUAAUAAAAAAAACAUUUCUCAUACCCUGAGUGAAUAAUUUUUUAACUGUGAAGCGGGUUGAAAGUGAUAAAUUUCGUAUAAUUUCCACUGUUAUAUUUAACUCCCAAUUUCAUAAAUAAAUAUCCUUUUACCUCAAUUGUUCAGUGAAAGUUACCUAUUUCAAGAAAUACCUACUACCAUACUACGUUAUGGUUUGUAGAGUUCAAUUCGGGUGAAAGCAACCAUUACAACUCCAAAGAGAACAUGUCUUUUGCUCGGGUCUCAUUGUUAGCACAAGGGGUAAACGACAACUUUUCUCCCUGGUUGAACAAAUAACUAUUGCAUCCUAGUCCUAGGGGAUGAAUUCUAAUUAGAAGGAUAAAUUGCAACAUUGUCUGACCGAUAAUUUCGAAGUUCAGGCUUGGCCAAACACACGGUAACCCAAGAAAAUUAA